AUGCUGAAAUCGGCUGAAACGCAUCAUGGGUUUUCGGAGUUCGAACAACCUGGUUUGCCCGCGGUGUCAGCUCAGACUAAGUUCGACACGUACCAGCAAUGUACCGAUGACAUCAGCUAUAGCUCGCUCAACCUCAAGACGCUUAACGGGUCAUCGGAUUACACUGCCAACCUCGCGGCUAUCGGCGGGUUCGCAAAUGCCAACUCUAACCUGGUAGCCGGCACGGUCAACUACGCAUACAUCGGCGGAAGCCAGGCCUCGCCGAACGCUCCGGCCCAAAGUGGCGCCAACUCCUUCACCGCCGCGUCGGGCACUGUCAAGCCAUAUGAGAGCGACAUCUGGACGAUCGACCCGACCACGGGCGCGGUCACCGCGCAGUGGGUCAACACUGAUGGAAGCACACCGAAGACGUACUUCGCGAUCGCCCAGAAUGUCGUUAUUCUCACCGCUGACCUUUCCCGUUACGCAAUCUCGUUCGGGUCCAUAACUGCCGUGAGCGUCACGUUUGUCCAGCUGUCGAGCUCCGUCGUGCCCGUGACGACGACCGUCUAG